AAUCCCUCCGUCAAUCAAACAUUCCAUUCCAUAUACAAAAUUUACUUGAUCGUUUUCUAGAAAGAAAGUACGAAAUUCCCAAUUAUUAUAUUUACAAGUAAAAGUUUAGUCCGUCAGAAGUAUUACAAUAAAAUGAAAUCUGGAUUACACACGGGGAUUGUCGUUAGCUCCAAGACGCGGGUCCGUUGCAUCUACUGCGAUGUGUUUAUACCAAAGGCAAACAAAUGUAUCGAGCAGCAUACUAACGGCGUAAAACAUAAAGAGAAUAUCGAGCUUAUGUCCGAGAACGGUAUAAGCCUUAUAAACGAAGUGUUGCACUGCAAACCUUGCCAGGUAAAUCUUACUGAGGGGGAAUCUGUGUCAAAACAUAUAGAUGGAGAUUCGCACGCGAAUUGGAUGGCCGCUAUAGAAGACCUCGUGGAUGGUGAGUUUAUCAAUAUAGACGACUAUUUAUCCUGCGACAGAGAUGAUGUAACAUGCGAAGUUUGCGAUAUAACGUUCAGUUGUACUCUGGAAAGUAUACAGGAACAUGUGAACUCCUUUAAUCACAGAGCCAACACUGUGGACAGGCUUAAACCGCUUAAUGGUAUAUUUCGAGUCGAUAAUGACGCUGAAGUGUGGUGCAAAAUAUGUGAUGCAUAUAUUGAUAAUACAGUGCAAGGUAUCCUGGAUCACAUUGAUGAUAAUGAGAGCCAUAUGCAAUGGUUCACAGACAUUGAAGACUUGAUUGAAGACCAGGACAUUUCUAUAGAGGACUAUCUCGCCAAUGAACAUGAAAUAAAUGCAUUUUGCAAUAAAUGCAAUGUCCAUGUUCCGUGCACAGUAAAUAAGAUUGAAGAACAUGUGUACAGUGAAUCUCAUCUUAAUCAAUUCAGUUAAUCUAAAAUAUGUCUUGCAGUAAUAUUUGAAAACUAAGCUAAAUAGUCUCUUUGCUUUCCUAAAAAGUCUGAGAGGUGUAUUCCCAACUGUCCCAGCCAGGCACAGAUGGGAAUUUGCGCUACAUACAAAUCAUUCCCAUCUGUGCCCACCUCUUGUAUGGCGGUGGUCAUGUGGGGCGGGGACAGAUGGGAACUCUGUCUCAGCAGUGUAAUGGCAACUUGUUCCAUCAAGUAUCAAGAGACUAGGGAUCUAUGUUAUCCUCAAUAUUGCAAACAGAUAUGAUGCAACCAUAUUUGCAUUUUGCUCUAGCCACCUACAUGUCAAUACUUGUCAAGGUAACUACAAUUUUGAUUUGUCAAAAUACUUAUUUAAUGGCGCAGCAACCCUCAAUGAGUCUUGGCCUCCGACACGAGUACACAACAAUUGUCAGGAUCCUGUGGUAUCUCCCACCAGUUAUCAAAAGGGUUUGUCAAAAUGAAGAUUCAAAAUUGAAUGGAAUGAGAGACCUUUUAUCGGUCUCUGGGUGGCUAGAGAAUAUGCUAAACUAGCUUAAAGCAGGAGGCUUUUUUAUGCUCACUCUUGUAUAUUUAAUAGGCCUCUUGUGCCCACCUUGCCAUUGCUAUACCACCCAAAGAGCGUCCUAUUGGUUGGGAACUCAUUGAUCUAGGGCAGGGGUCACCAAAUGGCAGAACCUAUUUAAUGUUUUUGCUUAAAUAAUAAACUCAAGUAGAAAUGGAAUGUGAUGAUCACUUUAUUUUAAAAACUGGAGCCCAAAAAAACUAAUUGGUGAUCCCUGAUCUAGGGAAUUCAUUACCACAGACUAUCUGUAUGAAUGUAAAUGCACAUGUGUUUAAUUUGGAUUGAAUAUUUCAUUAAAAUUAUAUAACUCUUCUUUAUCAAUAAUGUGUCAUAAAAUGUAAUUAAUGCUUAGAAUAUUAUAAGUUUUCCCGUUUAUUUCAGUCAAGAUCCUAUAAAAACUUUGUUUUUGAAAGACUCCUGUGUACCAUCUACUGCUGUAGCAUAGAAUUACUUUUAUAAUUACGCAAGCCUAACUUAAAAUCAGAAAUUAAAUAUUUAUCUCUAACUUUGAAAAUUUUAAUAACUAAUAUGAAGGUCUUCUAAGCAUAAUUAGUUAUUAAGAAUAUCCAGCUUUCAUUUUAUUGAUCCUCAGUGAAUCAGUGAAAAAGUAAUUUUUUGAUCUAAACAUUAUUGUUAAUAUUAACAGAUUUCCUAGAGGUACAAUCUCAUAUAUUAAAGUUUGAAUUGAGCAUUGUCACAACCAAUGUGCCUCAAAAGUCUAUUCUGUACAGAUUUUGGGGAACAUAAGAGCUAUGAAAGUGUAUAAUGUAACUAAUAUAACUUAUAUAUAACAUAUCCUAUCAAUAUUAUCAAAAUGGACAUAAAAACCAAGCCAUGCAAGAAUCCAAGAAUCUAAAGGUAUGCAAUUACACAUGAAAUAUCAAAAUGGACUUGGUUAUUUGUUAUGUUACAAUGCAGGGAAUGUUAUCCAAGGAUUCCAUACACAUAAGGUUGGGUUGUGCCAAAACAUUCAAGGUGAAUACUUUUAUAAUCUUACUGCCUACCUAAUUAAACUUGUAUACUAUCUCAAAUAAAUCUCUAAUAAAUAUCCCAUAUUUAACCAACAAUUUUUAAGUGUGUAAAAUGUUAUUUAUGAAUUUCUCUCUUACUAAUAAGAGAUCGAUAACUAAUCAUUAAAAUAAUAAUAUUGGAACUAAAGUCUAUUUAUUUUUAUAAUUUUACAGGUAUUUUUGACAAUUAACCUGUAAAUACUCUUAUUAUUAAGGGGGGAAAGUAUUGAAAAGAUGGACUGAAUGUAAAAUUAAUAUAAUUGUAUAAAUAUGUAGUAAUAAAUGUAAAAAUGCAUGCAUAUAUUUUGUAAUAGAAUGUAGUUCACUGUUACAACAUUCCUAUGCUAUUAUUUUGCUGUUUUGUGUUCAAAAGUAAUUAAUCACAAUUCUGUUACAUCCACUAUGCAUAUGCCAAUUCUGUUUCAAAGCAUGUUUUUAAAAAGUUAAAUAAAAUAUGUUGUGUAAAAACAUAA